UGUUACUCUUGCUUACCCCCCUGGGGGUGGAAAUUUAUGCGUGGGGCCGAAUUUCAGUCCUACUGGUUGUCUCGCUUCCCUUUUGGUUCUGCAUUCCGCCGUGCCUGCGAUACGGCCUUCAUCAACCCUCUCCGCAUCUCUUCUUCUCCCCCAUUUCCUCUCCCUACCACGCCCGUGCCCCUCAAGUCGGCCUUCUCGCCGCCAUUUUCCAGUCGGAAGUUGCGCGUCAGAGCCCUCUUCUUUGAGUUCCUAAUAUGAUCCUCAAGGUGUAGGCCCUAACACAGUCACUCCUGAUAAGAGGCAAUCACCUCGACCCCCGUAUCUGGGAAAUCAGCUCAGCUCAGCCGGAUCUCAGUCCCCCUCUUUAUUUGACGCAUUAGACCCUCGAAGGCACUAUCGCUCCACUCGUCCAAGUGGUCUCCCUUCCUCUGCAGCCUCGAACACUCACCGCAAAUCAAUCCCGAGACCCUUGCGAUGGAAAGUCAACUUAGAUCAGCCGGCGCGCCUCCCGCGACUCCCGCAGCCCUUUCAGACCUCAAUAAGCACACGCACGAGCCCAUCGACGACACAAUGGCCUUUGAGUAUUCAGAACAACUCCUCACCCCCGAGAACAGUCGCUCGGAGACUUCCAGCAACAAUGAGAACGCGUCUACCGAGGAAAAGCCGACUGUACGGCGAAGAUCUACACGUGUAACACGCGCCUCUUUACGGGGGGAGGCACAACUCGACGGCGAUAUGGAGAUAGAUAACCAAGGGACUUUGUCUACGGCUGGCGAAAGUAACCCCGCGGUCUCAGGUGAGACUCUGCUUGAUAAAGCUGAGGGCGGGAAGAGGUCCCAGGCCUCCCACCUACGCCACAGCAUAGCGGUCAUGGAGUCCUGGAGCGAAGCAACACUGGCACAAGGCAAUAUGGAGAGUGAAGGGGACCAUCCAAUGGCCCCAGAUACUCCAGUUUCUAAGUCCUCGCAAGAGCUGCAGGCCAGUGACAUGAGCACGUCAUUGCAACAACGCACUUUACGGAAGCGCGUAGAGCGGAUCCUAACUGAGGAAGGGGGCAACAAUAAGGGCAAAGUUACUGUAACGGCUAAAGAAAUCAAGUCGCCAGUAAGACGCUCGUCUCGUUUGAGUCUGUUAGAGAAGGCUUCAGACCUUGUUGGCCGGGCUAGCAGCGUUUUGGGCAAACGCUCGCGUGACGUGAUGGGAAAGGGUAAAGAACUUGGCCGUCGAGCUAGUCUGCGGCCUCGAAUUACUACACCCAAGGAAGAACCGGCCCAGGCUACCAGCGAGGCUCCCCCGGCGAAAAAGAGGCGUGUUUCUGAAGGCGAUCUACCUGUCAAAAUCCAGGAAAUUCAAGACGCCGUGCAGGAGGCUCCCAAGCCUGUGACUCUAUCCAAGACAAAGCGCUGGUUAGCUCAUGGAUUGUACACAGGCCAGGAACACACAGAGUCUCGGCCCUUGCAGAGUAGGAACAGAAAUGCAAAGCGCAGAAGUCAAGGCCCCACGCAACGCAAACUGCUUCCUAUGCCGAUGUUUGCAGGGGAUCGACUAUUGAAGCAGGGAAGAGAUUUCCAGCUCCCCUUUGAUAUCUUUUCCCCGCUCCCUUCGGGUCAGCCCAAACCGAAUGAGUGGAGAAAGACAAACAAGAAUGUCUUUGUCGGGGAAGCAUCCAGUAUAUGGCGAGCAAACAAGCCAUUGGAGCUAUCCAAGUGCAUGUGUGCGGAAGAGACUGGCUGUGACGAGGAAUGUCAGAACCGUUACAUGUUCUACGAAUGUGACGACAGCAAUUGUGGUGUAGGCCCCGAGUGUGGAAAUCGGAAUUUCGAGGAACUGAAGCAAAGAACCAAAGCUGGCGGGAAAUACAAUAUUGGAGUUGAAGUCAUCAAGACAGAAGAUCGAGGAUACGGCGUUCGUAGCAACCGCACAUUUGAGCCUAACCAGGUCAUCGUGGAAUACACAGGGGAGAUCAUAACGCAAGCGGAAUGUGAGAAACGAAUGAGGACGAUUUAUAAGAACAACGAGUGUUACUACCUGAUGUACUUUGAUCAGAACAUGAUCAUCGAUGCUACCAGGGGCUCUAUCGCUCGUUUUGUAAACCAUUCUUGCGAGCCCAACUGUCGGAUGGAGAAGUGGACAGUCGCAGGGAAACCGCGUAUGGCGCUUUUUGCUGGUGAUCGGGGAAUAAUGACCGGGGAAGAACUGACCUAUGACUAUAACUUUGACCCAUAUUCUCAGAAAAACGUUCAGCAAUGCCGAUGUGGAUCGGGCAGAUGCCGUGGUAUCCUGGGACCACGGCCGCGGGAGAAAGAGCAGCGUUCAAAGGAGAAGGAACUGAGGGCCGAAAAUGAGAAGAAAUCUAGUUCGAAGAAUAACAAUAAAAAAGCCAGCAUCACCAAGCAGAAGGUGUUGAAUGGAUCUACUUCGCGCGUCAAUAAGCGACAGCUUCUUGGUUCGAAGUCCAUCAAGUCUGGUAUGAAGAAGGUUGUUUCUAAAGCACGCGCUUCUACCUCCAAAGCAACUACAACAUCGAGACCUGGUUCGAAAGCGACUGUCACCACAAAGACCUCCAAAACGACAACCAGGAAAACCACGGCAACUCCAUCACGGCGCCAAGUGAAGAAAGAUAACACCAAAUCCAAGAAGGAAGUUAAACUGCCCAAGGUCAAAACCACAAAGACAAAAGCCAGAGCCCCGGCGUGUGCCAGGAAACCGACACAGACAACCAAAACCCAGUCGACCCCAUCAACAUCUAAACUAAGUCGUCCAUCUGAGAAGACUAAAGCUAAGAUCCUCCAGGCUGCUAAGGGGACGAACACUCGCAGACGUACGGUGAAAAAGGAAGACACCAAGCCCAAAAAUCCUGCGAAGCGUACUUCUAAAGCCAAAGAGACUAGUCCUCGGGGGAAGGCAGCAAGCAAGGCAGCCAAAAGCACCAAGGCAUGAUCAAAUUGGGCUCGUUGGCUACAUAAGAUUAUCUCAGAUGUUUACGUCCUGAGACGAUCUACUCACUGUGUGAAUACAGCUCCAUCCACGGCUAUCUUUUUCUUCUAACUUCUUGGGGAGCUUGCUCCAUUUUCUCUCAUUUUUGCUAUCCCUUUUUUUUUUAUUGGCAAUUCCUGCUAGCUCUUUCCCUCUUGAUGAUAAGUUACCCUUGUAUUUUGGCCUAAUGUUUUAUUUUUGCUUCCAUUAUUCAACUUUUGCAUCGUCAUCAAUCGACUUUGGGUCCGAUGUUGGUAUGGUCUGACGGUAUUCUAUCUUUCUUCUUGUGUCCAAUACUCCUGUUCACUGGCUUUGAUGUUCUGCUGUGUUACUACGAGACCUGAAUGGCAGAAGCGGUGUUAUUGUUGUAAUGUUACUUCCUAGCUGGUUAGUCGACGGGAUACAAGUUCAGUUGUCUAGUUCGAUGUUGUCUAUAACUAGCUGGCUUAAUUAACAGAACCAAUCUUGACUUUGCUAAUAAGAUCGUCAAUUCCUGUGGCAUGGUAGGGGGCAAGAGAUGCAAGUGUGCGUUAUAUAGUAUAAUAUAUAUUUGGUCUAGCUUGGUAAA